AUGUCAUUUCAAUUAUUGCACGGUAGUUUUACGAUACCAAAAGUAAAACGUGAUUCAACUCAUACAACUACAUCAUCAACAAACUAUCCUGCAAUAGUGAUUACUAAGGCGGAUAUACUUCGUAUAAUCUAUAAAUUAACAAUAUUGUUUAUUGGUGAUUCUUCCAUUCGCACAUUAUUUCGUGAUUUCAUCAAAUUACUUUCAAAUAAUCAUUUAUUAGAAAAUACAGAAGUAGCAAUACAAUAUGGUAAUUACAAAGACGACCGUCUGCAUUUUUGUGAAUCUUCAUCGACAAUACUAAUUUAUAUACAUUUAGCAAUUGUAUAUGGAGAAUCACCUAUCGAAAGCAUUAAUUAUUUACAAACAAUAACUGAUUGUACAUAUAUUCAUGCAACUAUUUUCUCAUCGUAUCAUGGCAAUCUAAAUUUCAUUAAAUUAAGUAAAAAUGAAUCAUCAUUUGAAAAUCUUCUAGAAAAUUAUAAUGAUGAUUUAAAUAAAAUAUGCAUUCAUCUUAUAGAAAUGUAUGGAAGUAAGAGAGAUCAUCAUCAACAGCAUAUUUAUAUGGGACCUUAUCCACCAUAUAUCACAUUGAUCGACGAAGAACAAAAUCAAAUUAUUAAUAAUACUGAUGAAAUUGUUGGCAAACAUGGUUUUCAUACAUUUAAUCAGCAUAGCUUAAAAGCUUCUCAAGAUUCAUCAACAAAGGUUAAAUGGUCAAAUUCAACAUUAUCAACAGAGCGUUAUAAUCCGAUGAAUCGUAUUACUCGAAAAGUUUUUCUUUAG